CUCGACUUGAAGGUUCUUUUUCACUUCAUUAGAGAAAGAAACCCUCUCUCCCUCUCCCUCUCCCUCCGCGUGCCUUCCCGCCUUGUUUUCUCCAAUCCGAGGGAGAGAGAGAGAUGAGGGUUUUUAAUGGAGAUUGAGUCACAAAAUUACAGUGACAUGGACUGAGACAAGAGCGCAGAGAGACAUGGACUGAGACAUGAUCGCAGAGAAGAAAGAUAUGGCGAGAGAGAAAUGCAGGGUGUGGUGGCCAAGAAGCCUUUCAUGCAAAAAACCCAAGUCAAUGUUAUUGUUUGGAUGGUUCAUUCCUUCCCCCUUUUCCAAUUCCCUCGACAUUGUGGUCGCAACCGGAGUUCCUCCCCACUCAUUUUCUCUCUCUAAAUCUUACUUCCAGGGGGCUCUUGAUUCUACAAAUCGCGAAAUGCCUUUAUGCCUUCAGGAUCACUUUGUAUUUUCCACCCUUGGCCAUUUUAUGGCAGAUAAUGAGUUGCGCAACAACAUGGUGCUCAAAAAUAUGAAUGGGAAUCCAAAGAAUGAAGGGUUUUAUUCACAAACCAACAAAAGAGUAUCGAGGAAAUCAGGGUUAUCAAUUGAAUGCAACAUGCCUUGGAACUGUGGUUGCCAGAUACUAGAUACAUCCUUGGAACCAUACAGGCAAUCUUCAAUCACAACUGGUAAUUGGAUCCAGCUAUUUUAUGACUCCAAAGGAGUCGCUUGUAAUGGGAUCCAAUGGGUUCCUAAGUUGCAUCACAUGCAUAAGAAUGGGAUCUUGUCUGUCUCUGAUGUUCAUGUAAUUAUUUAUGAGCAACCUGUUUGUGGUCUCCAUCAUUUUUCAUUGAACUCUUGGGCUUCCUCCUAUGAGCAUCUGUGUGCUUCUCCGAGUGGUCAGAUUUCCCAUAAAAAGCCUCGGUGGAUUGAUGAACUUGAUCAAAAGCAACCAUUCUGUAACUUGAAUACUGUUAUUGCGGCGCUCAAUUGUUCACAUGCUGCAAAAACAAUCUUUUGGAGAAAUGUGAUUCCCCAAACUAGAUCAGUGCAUGUCAUUGCCGUCUCCAUGAUGGUUGCUUCUAUAUGGCAAAUAGUAGCCAUGACUAUAGCAUCGGCUUCUACCUUAUAUUACGUCCUUCUUCAGUGUAGUAAUAGGUUUCUUAACCAUUGCUUUCCAUCUCUUCUUCAUUGGAUGCUCAAUAUGCUACUUGAUCAUACGUGGAAAAUUGUUCAUAUUCGUAGUUGUCAGCUUCUUUAUUGGCCCAUUGUUCUUCUUGGCAGUUCUUUCAGGGCUCAAUCAUGUGUAGAAUAUGUGCACCGAGCUUCAUUGAUCAGGCAUUCUGUUUGGUCAAGCAUCAUUGUUGAUGUUCUACUUGGAAAUGUUGUUGGUUUCAUUCUUCUAGGUCAUGUUGAGGAAAUCUGCUUCUGGGUUUCCCAUCUUGUUCGAGAUAUUACAAAUGGUUUGCUACGCUCGGGUUGUGUGUGGUUGAUGGGUGUUCCAGCUGGUUUUAAAUUAAAUACCGAGCUUGCAGAAGUGAUUGGCAUGAUUGCUCUAAAUGCCAUACAAAUCUGGUCAACUCUCUGGUUUUUUAUGAAUUCAUUCUUUGCGUACUUUGUUAAAGUGCUUGCCAUUUCUGGGAUUCUUUUUGGGGUUACAGUUCCUGCUUCAUUAUGCAUUGACUUGCUGUCACUGUCAACAUUGCAUAUAUGGGCUCUUCAUUGGUUAAUUUCGCUCAUAUAUUCUCUACAAAUCCAGGCUUUAGCAUCUGUAUGGCGCCUGUUCAGAGGCAGGAAGUGGAACCCUCUUCGGCAAAGACUAGACAGUUACAACUACAGCGUGGAACAACAUGUUGUUGGAUCCCUUCUCUUUACUCCCCUCUUGCUUCUCCUGCCCACCACCUCAGUAUUCUAUAUCUUCUUCACCAUUUUGUACAGGACAGUCAGUUCCAUUCAUUUUCUCAUGGAGUUAGCCAUUUCAUUUCUACAUGCUGCCCCUUAUGCUGAAAUAUUUCUAUGGGUUGUAUGGCCAAGAAUGUUUCCCUCAGGAAUAUGGUUCAAAAUUCUCUCUGAGCAUUCUGAAUCAUGCAGGCAAUCUCCCAAAGGGAAUGGUCGAAAUGAUUUUAUUGAAAGUUCUCAAGACUUAGGAAUAUCAAGAAGAAUGACAACGGUAGUCUCAAUUCUUGGGAGCAAUUCUGCGACCAUUGGUCAAGUUCUCCAUCCUCAUUCGAGAAAGGUCUUCAGUGGGGUUUCUAUGUCUUCUGUUGUUUCAUCUGCCUAUGGAGUUUUCAGCGGUAGAAGAAUACCUUCUGCUUUGCACGCCAAGUUGCCUUUGACCCUUCCAUGGAUGUCAAUCGGCAUAAGAGAAUUCUGGUGGCUUUGUUGCGACUCUAUACGCACUAGAAUGCGAAAAUUUUAACCCCUUUUGUAGUUUUUUCCUCAUAAUCCUAUUCAUUUUUUCAUGUGCCUUAUGUCAUUUACUAUUUUGCACAUUGGUUUCACGAUUUUUUUUUGUUUUGAGUAAGAAAUAUCAGGAUGUCACACUCUUUUUGCUGAGCUGAUUACAUCUUAAGAUGCAUUAGUGGGUGGAGUGUUUAUCAAGCAUUCAUCCUCUUUUACAGGAUGAUGCAAGUUUGUUAUCUAAAUUUGUGCUUAAAUUUCUCAGCAAUGAUACAUUUUCAUUUACACUUAU